CCGCGACUGCCGCUCCUAUCACUUCCGACCGCGAACAGACGGGCCCGUCGUCGGCUCCUGCCAGCGACCAUAUUCGACCUAGGAAGUACGGCCGAGUUGUCGCUGGAUCAUGAUUUCCUGCCUUUUUUAGUCAACCAUGACGGCCAUUUCCCUCGACGUGCCGCAGCCUGCCCAACUCGGCCGAGGGCAGGCCUCGGCUCAAUUCUCGAGAGCCGCCACUCUUGCCGCGUCCUCACCGUCCCGACAUCCUGGCUCCUUCUCUCGACAGACGACGCACGCCAUGUCGUAUCUCCAGGCCCAGUACGCCGAAGCGUCGGCAUCGACAUCGGCAGCGGCAUCAUCGUCGCAAUCCAACAAGAACAUGAAUGGUGCUUCUUCGGCGCAUGCUCCCGCGCUCGCUCCGGCGCGGCCGGGACAGCCGCUCGCAAAUGACAGACCGGUCACGUCCCCGACCCCCGCCUCCACGCACCGCCCGUCCAGCGCCCCUGGGGACAAUCAGGUUGCGGUCCCAAACAACCGUGCCGAUUCCGGACCAGUCGAAGGAAAUCGCUCUGCUGCCACGAGGCCAGCCAAACCUCCUUUGCUUCGAUCCAAGAGUGAGCACCGCCCGCGUUUUGACGAGGCCGACGACAAUGUUGAGGAAGAGUACUACGACCUGGGCGCCAGGCAUGGAUUCGAGGACCAUUACCUGUCUGAAGACAUCAUCGCUCAACUCGCCAAUAAUUGGUACAUGUAUUUCACCGACAAACGCCAUGAGACGACGGGGAAGCCCAAGUCACCGGCCUUCGAACUUCAGGACUGGCGAAUGCGCGAUCGGCUCAAGACGGUUUCGGCUGCCAUUGCCGUCUGCCUGAACAUUGGCGUUGAGCCUCCAGACCAGCUGCGAACCACACCCGGAGCCAAGCUAGAGGCCUGGCAGGACCCAACCGUUCCGCCAGUCGGCAAAGCGUUGGAAAACAUUGGCAAAGCUCUGCAGGCUCAAUACGAGAACCUCGCCCUCCGAACUCGCUAUAAGCAAUACCUCGACCCGUCGAUCGAGGAGACCAAGAAGUUCUGCAUAUCCCUUCGCCGGAACGCCAAGGAUGAACGAGUUCUCUUCCACUAUAACGGGCAUGGAGUGCCCAAGCCGACCGCUUCUGGCGAGAUCUGGGUCUUCAACAAAAACUAUACCCAGUAUAUCCCGGUUUCGCUAUAUGACCUUCAGCAGUGGCUCCAGGCUCCCACGAUUUUCGUUUGGGAUUGCUCCGAGGCGGGGAACAUCCUCAGAAACUACCACAAGUUCGUCGAGAAACAUGAGCAAGAAGAGGAGGAGCAGAUGCUCAAGGAUCCGAAUCAUGAGAAGACGAAUUACCGCCCCUACAUACAUCUGGCGGCCUGCGACUCCAAGGAGAACCUACCGACGAAUCCCCUGCUGCCAGCCGAUCUCUUUACUUGCUGCUUGACCACGCCGAUUGAGAUGGCUCUUUGGUUCUUUGUACUACAGAACCCGCUCAAAACCAAUAUCACCCCUGAGAGAGCUCGGAAGCUCCCGGGAAGGCUCCAGGAACGACGGACGCCCCUGGGAGAGCUGAACUGGAUCUUCACGGCCAUUACGGAUACCAUAGCCUGGACAACUCUCCCGCGUCCGCUGUUUCGCAAGUUCUUCCGACAAGACUUGAUGGUGGCGGCUCUAUUCCGCAACUUCCUCUUGGCACAGCGCAUCAUGCCAGUCUAUGGGUGUACUCCCAAGUCCUACCCUGAGCUGCCGGACACCCGCCGGCACCCGCUCUGGGAGAGCUGGGACCUCGCGGUUGACAUGGCGCUCGCGCAACUCCCCAUGCUGGAACGGAGGGAGCAAGAGGGCAUCCCGUACGAGUACGUCAACUCGACCUUCUUCACAGAACAGCUCACAGCUUUCGAGAUCUACUUGACAAGGGGGGAUGCCGUCUCGCAGAAGCCCCCAGAGCAACUUCCCGUGGUCCUCCAAGUCCUCCUCAGCCAGCAGCAUCGACUACGAGCCUUGAUCCUCUUGGGCAGAUUCCUUGACCUCGGCCCCUGGGCAGUACAGCUGGCACUGAGCAUAGGCAUCUUUCCUUACGUGCUCAAAUUGCUGCAAUCGGCCGCGCAAGAACUCAAGCCAGUCAUGGUUUUCAUCUGGACUCGCGUGCUGGCUGUCGACAUCUCGUGCCAGCAAGACCUUAUCAAGGAUAACGGCUAUACCUAUUUUGCGGCUAUAAUGAAGCCACAAGAGACGUUCCCGGUCGUUGGCGUUGUCGUCCUGGACGAACACAAGGCCAUGUGCGCGUUCAUCUUGGCGAUGCUCUGCAAGGGCUUCAAGCCCGGUCAGAUUGUCUGCAACUCAACCGACAUCAUGACCUACUGCCUUCAUCAUAUUGAGCACCCCGAGAAUCCUCUACUACGUCAAUGGUCCUGUCUCUGCAUCAGUCAGCUUUGGAGUGAUCUUCCCGAUGCGAAGUGGAGGGGCAUCCGGGAGAACGCUCACCAUAAGCUUUCCUACCUCAUUAAGGAUCACUGCCCCGAGGUUCGCGCCGCGAUGGCGCACGCCAUGACCACGUUUCUUGGCAUCCCCGACCUCACCGAUGAAGUGGCCAGGAUUGAAGAGGGUAUUGCUUGGGCCAUGCUAGAGCUGGCUACGGACAGCAGCCCUAUCGUUCGGAAAGAACUACUUGUCUUCUUUUCACACUUUGUUCUCCGCUACGAGAAUAAGUUCCUCGUUGCUGCCUACGAGCAACUUCUUGAGGAGAAGGAGUACCAGCUCUUCCCUCCCCCGGAGGACGGAUUGGACCACAAAAUGGGUCUCCAUUACGCGCGGCGCGAGAACCGUGAGCGGGACGGCACCAUCUCGCCCAGUGCGUUUGGCGUGGCCCACGAUUCGGUGUUUGCAGCAUGCUGGAAGCACAUCAACAUCCUGAGCGUCGAUCCCCACCCGGAGGUACAAAGGGACGCCACCAUAAUCAUGGACUAUGUCCACCACGCGCUGCUGCACUCUCCUGUGGGCGCUCAAGCGCAGUCUCUGAUGGACGAGAUCCUUCGCCGCUCUAGGAAAGUGUCGAGAGGCGACACGAGCCAGAGGACCACCGUGGCGGGCAGCCGUACCGCGGCGGCGCAGCCGAUGCCGUCUCCCGGACUUCUCAAGCGGACCGCAAGCUACCUUUUUGGUCCCCUUAUGGGAACGCUGGACGCAUCCUCCAAUGCUCCAACACUCCCCGCAACUCCCGGAUUGCAAAGGUCAUUCUCUCAGCGAAGUUGGAAGGGACCGAGCCUCGAAAACGCACCACCGGAGCAGCACGACCAGGCUGCGCCGCCAUCAAACUAUCAUGUUGCGAACGAGCCGCUCUGUGCGGGUUACAAGGAACGCGACCCCAAGGAGACGCCCACCCUUCCCCUGGUCAGCACUUUUCUGGAAUGGUCAACCGAGUACUUCCGAGAACCUCAAAUGAAGGCACCCGAGGCAGAAGAACCAGGAAGCAACGAGUACAAUGAGCGGCUCUGGCGGCGGUCUCGCAACGAAGCUGUUCUUAGAGAGACUCAGCCUCAAAAAACAUACGCCAGGACACACAGAUGGAAUAGUCAGGCGGGAGUCAUCGUAACUGGCUCACAGCCGUCGAAGAUGACUUUCCACCAAUUUGAAAACCACAUCGCGGUUGCCGACGAUGGGAACACUGUCACCAUCUUGGAUUGGAAGACCAAUACCCGCAAGAGCCGCUUCUCGAACGGCAAUCCAGAAGGUUCCAAGAUCUCCGACAUGCGGUUCAUCAACGAGGACGACCAGGCACUCCUCAUGACCGGUUCAUCGGAUGGCGUCAUCCGUGUUUAUAACAAGUACGACAGCGAUGAGGGCGUGGAGCUUGCAUCUUCGUGGCGCGCAUUAACCCACAUGGUUCCUUCCAAUGUCAACUCCGGCAUGGUGUUUGAGUGGCAGCAGGUCAACGGUCAGGUGCUGGUGGCCGGCGAUGAGCGAGUCAUCCGGAUUUGGAACGCGGGCCACGAGAUGUGCACACACGAAAUCCCAGCGCGAUCGGGCUCCUGCGUGACGUCGCUGACGUCGGAUCAGAUGACGGGCAACAUCUUCGUCGCAGGCUUCGGUGACGGCGCCGUCCGCGUCUUCGACACGCGCUUGAAGCCGCAGGAGUCGAUGGUCCGCAAGUGGAAGGACGAGAACAGGCAGUGGGUGCGCUCGGUGCAUAUGCAGCGCGGCGGUCAACGUGAGCUACUGUCUGCGAGCCGCAACGGCAAGGUGAACCUCUGGGAUAUUCGCAUGGAGCAGCCCCUCAAGACGUUCCAGACAACCAAGGACGUGCUCCGAACGGCCAGCACGCAUGAGCAUUUACCUGUGUUUGCCAUCGGUACUUCUGCGCACCUCGUCAAGGUGUUCGACUUUGAUGGGCAUGAAAUCACUCGCCUAGAGCCCUAUUCAGGGUUCCUGGGCCACAAAGCUGCCCCGCUUGCGGCCACUGCUUUCCACCCGCACCGUAUGCUCCUAGGUUGUGCCGCCCGCGGCGAUAACCAUGUCAGCCUGUACACUUGUGGCAACGAGCGGGUUGGGCCGUUCUGAGCACUGCUUUCUUUCACUUUUUCUCUUUCUUCCUCCCUUAUCACAUGCUUUCCCCAUAUCCUUUAGGUUGGCAAGGGCGCAGUCUCAUUUGGCUCUUCUUUGGUUCGCUUCAGGCGUUUGGGAGAUACACGGUUCUGGCGGGAUAUAUAUAUAUAUAUGUGUAUAUAUACCUGGAGGCGUUUCGGGUAUAACGAGAGGGGAAGCAUGCUCGGGUUGGCUUCCGGAUUCUCAACAGUGACAUUAUUUCUGACACAGUUACGACCCCCCACUAAUCUAAUACCUUCAA